GCUGAUUGUGACAAAUUAAGAGUUGAUCAAAUCAGUUGGGGUUGCAGCCCAGUCUCCAAGUGUGGGGGUGUGGGAAGGUCAGUCAGAAUCUCUCCUCCUGGCCUCAGCCAUCUUCAGCUGGACUCAUUAUCUGCGCUGUGGCUCCCCCACACCCCUAACGAUCACCAGUUUUCAUCCCCCCUCGCUAUGGACGAGCCAGGAGGAAGUAGUGCAGACAGGGGUGAUGGAAAGAAGGUUUACCCGAGCCGUUUCUGGAUUCUGGGAGUAUUUUCGUUUUUGGCAUGGUUCCAGUGUGUUCAGUGGUCCAUUUGGGGUCCUAUUAGUGCGAGUGUUGAUGCAGCGUUUGAAGGCUGGGGCUCUGGGACCGUGGCCAUGAUGGCCAACUGGGGCUCAAUAAUGUUUGCAUCGUGCAUUGCACCCAUGUGCUGGCUGAUGAGCACCAAAGGGUUGCGUGCAGGUGUGGUCACUUGUGCUGUGCUGGUUGCUAGUGCAACAAUCGCCAGAAUUCUCCCCUUUAUGGCUGAUUCUGAUAAGUUCUUCACAGUAAUGUGCCACAUUGCAGCCAUACUGAAUGGAAUUGCAGGGACCCUAAUCAUGUCUGCUCCACCAAUGAUUGCAGCAGAGUGGUUCCCGCCCAAGGAGAGAACUACAGCCACAGCCGUAUCGCAAGUUAUGAACCAGCUGGGGACAGCAGGGAGCUACCUGACGCCUCUAUUGGUCCGGUCUCCAAAUUCUGGUGCGACCAAGGACCAGAUUAAAAGUGAUAUCAAGACACUUUUAUACAUUUAUGCUGCCGUUGGGGUGACAUUGCUGAUAGCUAUCCUGGUGUACUUCCCUACAAAGCCUCCCACGCCUCCGUCCGUCACAUCUUCGGUGCAAAGACUGAAUUUUAAAUCCAGUUUAAAGAAGUUAAUGAGAAAUCGAAAUGUAUUGCUGACAACAAUUGCAUACAGCGUCUGCAUAUCAAUACCUGCGACCUGGCUCUCUGUUCUCAACUAUUCUCUUAGUGAUAUGGGAAUUGAUCAGGAUAAUGCUAUGUGGGUAGGACUCACAGCUGUGUUGGUGCAAGGAGUGACCGGUCUGUUGGUGGGGCGUAUGACAGAUCUAGUUUACGGCCACGUCAAGGCGUCUCUCCUGUUUUUCAUGAUCAUAUCUUUGUCUUGUUUCUAUUGGUUCUACCUCUUGACAAUGGGCACCAUCCCUGUAACAAAAGGGCAGAUAUUUUGUUCGGUGGUGAUUGGCCUGGCAUCCAAUUUUGCCAAUGCUCCACUAUUCUUUGAGUUGGCUGUGGAGCGAGCUUAUCCCUGCCCUGAGGUUAUUGUUGCUGGCCUACUCACCGGUGUCUCGAACUUUAUUGGGCUGAUAUUCCUCUUCAUCUUUCUAAUUCCUGACAUAGGCUAUAAGUGGGUGACCUAUGUUCUCCUGAGCUCUGGAACUCUGUCACUAAUUCCUGUUCUCCUUGUACAAGAGGAUUAUUCUAGGUCGAACAUUGAUCGCAAUGUUGAUUCUCCGAUUUCAGAACAAGUUGCAGCAAAUGAAAAGCAAUCUCCACACCAAUUAUCUGUGAUGUAA